AUGACGCGAACGGAGCCCGCAACCAACAACACUUCCUGGGAGAGCAAGAGUAUGGCAGUCAUGGACGACGGUCAACGAAUUGAUGCGAUCGGCCAAGAGUCUCGCCCCAGAGGACGAAUCCGUCGAUCAAUGACUGCAUGCAAUACCUGCCGUAAGCUAAAGACACGAUGUGAUCUGGACCCGCGUGGACAUGCUUGUCGUCGUUGUCUUUCUCUGAGACUCGAUUGCGAACUGCCCGAGACACAAGACCGGUUCCAGGACAAUGUGUCGACAUGGUCCGACGCCAAUACGGCAAUUCCUUCGAUCGAGGAGCGUCUCGUGUCCUUGGAGCGUGGCAUGGGAGAGAUGAUCCAUUUGAUGCGUCAGAUGGUCAAUCAGCCAUCACCAGUCGCCGGUAGUCCUCCCUCGCUCACGACAGCUCGCAGUGUGGAUGAAACUGCCUCCAACGACGGAUGGACGGCCUCUUCUUUUACGCUGAAGCCGAUGCAAUUCAUUCGUGAUUUGCAGGUGGAGUGCUUCCGGGAUCAGCUUUCCACAGAAGCAGAUCUGCUGGGCGACGUGGUAUCGCAAGGGAUCAUUGAUACCAAACUGUCUCUCAAAUUGAUCGACUUAUUCAUUGAGUAUUUCGGUGCAGCAUGGAGUGACCAAGAUCUUGUGGAGACGAUCCUCCUUGACGGUGGAUCUCCUUCAAGCAUUGGCUUUGCUAUGCCUCUACCCUACCUCUGGCCACAAGGAGGGUUUCAUGGACGGCUGGUUGUUGAGCGGGAUCUCAAUCAAUCAUGCCUUGACUGCUUUCAACUUCCUCGGGGGUCGCCAACCAAAAGCAUCCUGAGCGAUGAGGCGCUCACGCAAAUGCGCCUUUGGAAUACAUUCUGCUUGACGCAUCUACAUGCCGCUCUGGGGUACGGUAGAUCAGUGAAUGUCCAGCAACAUCACCUCGAUCAAUGCACUCGCAUCUUGGAUAAUCCAAGGGCAACUCCCGAAGAUGGACGAAUUGUUGCCGAAAUCAAGCUGUACAGGAUUGCGUUGCGAACUCAACAUAACAUUCAACGUCUCCGGUACACCGAGGGCGAGUUUGAAGAAAUUGAACGCUGGAAGAUGGAGUGGGCUCACCUCAUCGGUAUGAACGAACCUGACCCACCCCCUAUAAGCCACACCGGCGCUUCGCUAACCCGGAAUCACGAAAUUCCUGUAGCAAAUGACGGUCCUUCCACAUUAGAGCUCAGUAUCUGGUUCUGCCAACUCAUCCUCUACCGUACUGCAUCUCGCCUCCAAUCCGACUCCGACAGAGUCAUUGCCGAGAUCUGCAACAACGCCCGCCUGAUCAUCUCGCGCUCCCUUCAAACCCGCUUCUCCGCCGCCCCCGGCCUGAUCGACAACGUCUACUACACCCUCGGAUACGCAGCUCUCACUCUCUGCGACUACACCCCAUCCGAUCCCCUGAUCGACCAAGUCCGGGCAUUCCUGCUCCACCUCGCACCAAGCAGCGAUCACCUCGCAUACCGCAUCGCCUGCAUUGUCGGCGAAGUGCAGCGCAGAUACUCCGAAGCCGCCAGUGUAGGCCAAGCCUCGCCAGGCUCGGAUGCAAUGAAAGCCGCACCGUUGUUUGUCGUGCCCUCGUCCCGGUCGAAUAGCAUGGACAUGAGCGGGUUGAUGCCCGCCUCCGGAAUGGACCCCUUAGUGGAAGGGUACGGAUGCUUUGAGCAAUUGAUUCCGAAUAAUUAUGUUUCGACGCAGACGUCCUUUUCGGCUCCGGCGAUUUUCCAACAUCAUUCUGCGCCGGUGACGGGCGGCGCAAUGCCAAUUGGCCUGGUUCCACGGGCUCUGCAUGAUCUCUGA